AUGGACUGGCACCGCCGGGCGCAUGGCCCAGGGUUCCCUGUCUGCCUGGGGGCUGUGGUGCUCCUCAUCCUGUGCUGGGCGCAGCUGACCUCAGGUUCUCUGAAAGUGGAGAUGCCAAGAAGGCCUCUUACAGUACACGUGAAUGAUACUGUCAUCAUCGGCUGCAAACUCCAUGGCUCCUUAAAGCUGAACGCCAGCUUUGUGGGUGUUAUCUGGACCAGGGGGGUAGAGAACCAGGUGUUUGAGUUACGUGGUGAUACUGAACAUGUCACACGACCUGGGGCUGAGGUGUCUCGAGAGAGGCUGCAGCAGGGUGACGCCUCACUGAAGCUGCCUGGGGUGCAGCUGGGGGAUGCAGGAGAGUACCGGUGCCGGGUGGUGGUCCCCCCCAAUAUGGCAGAAGAAACAGUCUCACUGGCCGUUCUGGCUCCGCCAGACUGCACACUGCUUCUGGAGCAAACCACAGAGAAAAAUAAUGGAAGUAAUGGCAGUCACCUUGUGUGCCAAUGUGGUGGGUUCCACCCAAAAGACAUUAGCAUAACAUGGGAGAACUACCAGAGUGUUUCCCAGUACCAAAGGAUGUCCACUGACUUUCGGACUGGUCCUGUCAUCAAGAAUAAGGAUGGUACAUUGAAUGUGACCAGCUACUUGAAAAUCAGUUCCCUUCUGGAAGACAAUUUGAUCAACUACCGCUGUGUGGUGCAGCACCCAUCCUUGUCCCCUUCCUGGAGGCUGAACAUCACAGUGCCUGUGGGAAAAACUAAUACAACACCUCUGGAUAGCUCUGGAUACAUGUGGAUCCUUGCUCCUGCUUCAAUUGCACUGAUUUUAUUAGUGAUUUUAUGUAUUACUAUUUGGAGAAGGUACCAUUCUUAUCACCGAAUACGCAGAAGUGACAUUGAAGAAGAAAGCACAGUCCUGAGAAGUGUGGCCGGGUGCCCAGCUGACUGCAGUCAUCCCAUGGGUGACUGGAAUCCUUCCCUCGCAGUUUACAUGGUUGAGUUCAAGCCUCUAUGCAUCUCCAUGUCCUCACUGUUUGCUGUAUCUUUACAGUGCCCUGCAGUCCCCUCCGUGGAUAUGGGGUUCAAAUAUGUGCCUUAGAGUUUUCAAUACAAGAAAAGGACUGCAGGCCAGUUCCCCGUGUGGCUGCUGGGAGGCCUUUCCUGUCUUCCUUGCUGUCCUUGGUGCAUCUGGCCUGAGAAGGAGCAAUCCAGGCUGACUCCUGGAGAAUCAAUGCCACAGGAAGCCCGCCCCCAUCAUUCUAAGUGAAGGGACAGCUGUCCAUCUCCACUCUGGCGAUCUACUUCUGCUCAGCAGCUCUAACAGAACCAGAGCUCAGGAAAAGAGAAAAUGUUUUAAAAUGUAUUUAAUAAGAAAAAAAUAAAACACUUCCAAAUAAGAUAAUAGGAUAAUAAAGAUCAUUACAUGGU